AUGGACAUUAUAGGACCCAUUGAUCCACCUACUUCCUCGAGGCAUGUAUUCAUACUCUCCGCCACAGAUUACUUCUCCAAAUGGGCUAAGAUAGUCCCUCUCAUAAAAGUCCCUGGGCUCGCAGUGGCCAACUUCCUGCGCCACCAUAUCAUAUACAAAUUUGACGUCCUUGACCGGAUCAUUUCUGAUAAUGGCCCCCAAUUUCGAAGUAAUCAAAUUGACAGACUAGUUGAUCAGUUUGGGUUUACAUGGAAAUACUCGACCAUGUACCAUCCGAGAGCUAAUGGUCUGGUCGAAGCUUUUAUUAAAACCCUUUGCGAUGCCCUAAGGAAAUCCAUCUCCAAUACUAAAAGAGAUCGGCAUGAAAAGCUCUUUGAAAUUCUAUGGGCAUACCGCAUUACAGCCCGAGGCCCGACCCCCUACUCUCUGGUACAUGGGGAUGAAGAUGUGUUGCCUCUAGAAAUUCAAUUGCCUUCCCUUUUGAUAACCCUCCACUAUAGAAUGACAGAUGAAGAACGGGCUGCCCUUCGCUAUCAAGAACUACAUACGCUUGACGAAAAAAGAUUGCAAGCACAACAGUCUUGA